AUGUCAGAGAAAUGGAAAAAUGAAGAAUGGUUUAUUAAUUUGAAAAAAGAAUGGGGAAAAGAACAAGAAAAAUAUGAUGAAUUAAGAAAAUCAGAAAUAUCAGAAAUAGAAGCAGGAAAAAAUCCUAUGCUAGAGAAACAAAAAAGAAUAUGGAAAGAGUGGCUGAAAAAACAAAGAAAAUGGUUUAUACUACAUAGCGAGGAAGAUUGGUUUAACAAUUUAUUAGACGAAUACGAAAAAGAAGAACGUGAGGAAGGAAUAACCAAAAAAGAUGAGAACGAAUCGAAGGAAAUUCAUGAAAAUAUUGAGGAAUUGAAACAAGAAGGAGAUGAAGAAAUAGAGAAAAAUAGAAAAAAAAGGGAUAAAUUGAUACAAAAUGUUUUGAUAGAAAUACAUAUGACGCUAUUAGAAGAAUGUAUGAAAGAUGAAUUGCAAAAUGAAAAAGAAUAUUUUUUUAAAAAAAUGGUCGAAGAAUUGAGAAUACAAGAAAAUUUAGAUGAGGAUGUUAACAUAUUGGAAAUAGAAAAAAAAAGUAGGAAUAUUAUAUUAAAUAAUGACAAAGAGAAAAUAGAAGAAUGGAAAAAAAAGAAAUGGUUUAUAGAAUUAAUAUUGGAAAUGAAAAACAAAGAAAGGGAAUUCAUGAAAGAAGUGUAUAAAGAUAUCAUAGCAAAAAAGAAUGAGGACAGAAUUAGAAAUCCCAUGUUAGAAAGGCAAAAAAUUAUAUGGAAAAAACACUGUGAAGAUAUUCUUAGGAGGUGGAUAGAAAAAAAUAAUAAAGAAUGUUUUACAUCAGUAAUUUAUUAA